UGCUGCAGUAGCAGAAACGCAGUGAAUAGAAACAGAAGAGCGUUAUUACAAUAAAACAUUAAAGACGAAAGAAAGUGAGAGGUUUUGUGUGAGAGAGUUUCCUCAGGUUUUGGUUUCAUUCUCAGCUGUCUAAUGGAUCUAGUGCAGUUUUAUCACCCGGAAUCUUUUUCCUUCCCUUCUGAACAGAACAACUUUCUGGAAAUGAUGUCAAUCGACGGUCACUGUCCUGCCAACAUCAAGACCGAACCUUCGAGCCCUUCUUCCCUGUCGGACAGUCUGACCCAGCACAGUCCCGGAGCGUCGUCGGAGACUGGGAGCAGCUACAGUUCAGUGACUAAAGGACACCCGACAGGUCUGGGCUCUCCCGCUUCAUACCCCGCGGCUGAGGUGGAUCUCAGGCCUCCCGGCGCCCCCUGCAGGCUCCUGGAGGAGACACAAGUGAAGGGUGGAUAUGGGCUGAGCUCGGGCCCCAAACGCUUGUGUCUGGUGUGUGGAGACGUUGCGUCUGGUUUUCACUAUGGAGUGGCUUCAUGCGAGGCCUGCAAAGCGUUCUUCAAACGCACCAUUCAAGGUAAUAUCGAGUACAGUUGUUCGGUCAGCAGAGACUGUGAGAUCACGAAGAGGAGGAGAAAGUCCUGUCAGGCCUGCCGCUUCACCAAGUGUCUGUCCGUGGGAAUGCUGCGUGAAGGUGUGCGUUUGGACCGGGUUCGAGGAGGACGGCAGAAAUAUAAGAGGAGAAUCGACUCUGAUUCCAGCGUCUACUUCAGUGUCCAGGAACCUCACAGAAAACAAGCAUCCUGCAGCGCUCAGGAGGAGAAUAAGGUGGUGACCCUGCUGUUGGGGGCGGAGCCAGAGAAGGUAUGUGCCAUGCCUGACCCCGCCCUCCCCGACAGUGACAUCAAAGCCCUGACGACCCUGUGUGACCUCGCCGACAGAGAGCUUGUGCUGAACAUCAGCUGGGCCAAACACAUACCAGGUUUCUCCAGCCUCGGUCUGUCCGAUCAGAUGAGUCUCCUGCAGAGCGCGUGGAUGGAGAUCCUAAUCCUGCGUGUUGCUUUCCGCUCGCUGCUCUGUGAGGACAAGCUGGUGUUUGCAGAGGAUUACAUCAUGGAUGCUGAACAGGCCGAAUCAGCCGGUCUUCUGGAGCUCCACAAAGCCAUAUUACAGCUGGUGCGCAGGUACAGAUCCAUGAGGCUGGAGAGAGAAGAGUUCGUCACUCUGAAAGCCAUCGCUCUCGCCAACUCAGACUCGAUGCAUAUAGAGGAUGUGGAGGCGGUUCAGGGUCUGCAGGACUCUCUCCAUGAAGCUCUUCUUGAUUACGAGUGUGUCCAUCACAGCGAAGACCCUCGACGGACGGGCAAACUCAUCAUGACUCUUCCACUCCUCCGCCAGACCUCCACCAAAGCAGUACGGCACUUCUGCAGCAUCAAGCAGGACGGACGCGUCCCCAUGCACAAACUCUUCCUGGAACUUCUGGACGCCAAUGUCUGAUCCUUAACCUGAUUGGACCGUCAAACAGAGGUGACGCCCCUCGUGCACACGAUUGGAUGAAAGAUUAUUCACAAAUCCAGGGGAAACAACAGGCACUUGCCAGGACAUAUAACAAUAAUACAGGAUAUACUCGGACAAAUACAGUUUCAUAUAGUCGAGGAUGAUACGAUAACUUAAAAUGAAGUAUCAAAUAUACACUGCCGUUUAAAGGUUUGGGUUUUUUAAUGAAAUGAAUGAGUCUAUUCAUCAAGGAUGGAUUAAAUUGAUCAAAACUGCAAGUAAAGAUAUUUAUAAUGCUGAGAUUUCAAUUUCAAAUGAAUGCAGUUCUUUUAAACUUUCUAUUCAUCAAAGAAUCCACAACACAUGUGAUCCUUUCCACAAAAAUAUUGCCUGUUUUCAACAUCCUUGAGCAGCAAAAUCACUAUAUUAGUAUGAUUUUUGAAGGGUCAUGUGACACAGAAGAAUGGAGUAAUGAUGCUAAAAAUUCAGCUUUGAUCACAGGAAUAAAUUACACUUUAACAUAUAUUAAAAUAGAACACCGUUAUUUUAAAUUGUAAUAAUAUUUCACAAUAUUACUGAUUUUGCUGUAUUUUUUAUCAAGCAAAUGCAGCCUUGGUUGAGUAUUAAAGUGUUUUCUCCAAACAAAUUACCAAGCCCAAACGUUUAAACGGCGGUGUAUCAGUGAGUGCUGGAUGUGAAUAUCAUUCAAUUAUUGGAGAAACGACAUCUCAAAUUGAAGGCAUUCCUUGUUUGCAUUUUUACUUAUUUAAAUUAUUCAAGUUAUUAUUUUUAUUCAGUUUUAAAAUAGCUUUAUCAUAUUAGGGAGCAUCAUCCUUGCCAAAUAAUCGUAGUCAGUAAUUGCUCUCCUUACACAGAUAUGAAGUAAAAAGCUGUUAAACAACAUCUACUACAGAACUGAAGCUAAAUGGCUCAGAGAUGCAGUCUAAACAGAAAUAUAAAGUAUAAAUGAACAGCAUUUAAGUGUCCAAACAUCAAAUAGAGAUGUACCAAAGCACUUUUACUGAGUGACUUGAUAGUAUAGCAUAAUAGAUACUGUACUAAUACUGAUCAAUAGAUCUGUACACAGCUGCACAACCAAAGCUGAUUGCAACCUUUAUUUAUUCCUUUUUUACAGUGUUUUACUAUGAACAUUUCAGCACGCAAAAUUGGAAGGUUCUUGCUCAGUCCGUAUCAGAAAGGAAAAGCCAGAGCAAUAUCUGUUUUUUUUUUUAGCCAGUCACAGAGAUCUUCUGAAGCAAUAACUCAAUGUUUCUGAGCUGCUGAAACACGGUUUUACUGAAUUUGUCUUUGAAUUGAAUCCAACUCAAAGAAAACGUUCACCCAGAAAGAGAAAUUCAGUCAUUCUCUCAUUCAAUACUGAGGCAUUUCAUACAUGUUGUGAUGAUCAAAUACAAAUAUGUUUACCAUGAUAACACUGCAAGAUACGAGUGUUUAAAUGAGUUAGUAGAGCUACAGAGAAAAGUGUCUGUAAAUAUGAAUAACGGAGCAGACUGAUCUCUUCUGUGUGUGAUAGACACAUUCUCUGGUGACGUUCCUUCAGUCUCUGAGGAAUUCUGUUAUUCGCGGUUCUGUGUUUUUCUGCUUGUAAAGGUUUGUGGAUGUUGUACAAUGCUCUCAAUUUUGUCUCAUUAUCUGUUUGAUCAUAUGCAAUAACUUUU